AUGUCAUUAUGGAGCAAACCGACUAGAUGGCUGCUCCGUUUAUUUAUUUUUAUAUUUCAUACAUCCCGGUAUGUAAAUAUUCUAGAAGUAAAGAAUACUUUCUUGAGAACUUGUAAAUGUCUUCCUCUAUUGACACAUCUUAGGCCUACGAACCGUUCUCUGACUGUAACAUCUGUGUUAUCUAAAUAUAUUGAUGAACCUGAUUAUAUAAAGUAUACAAAACCUCAAGUGCCUGUUUAUGAGCUAUUAAACAUUCAGAUAAAGGCUUAUGAUUAUACUGUAUUGGAACAUUACGCUAAACAUGUUCAUAAGAUAGCUCUCAAUAUGGAUUUUGAAGUCAAGGAUGCUUGGGCAACUCCUCACCAAUCUUGGAAAAUCACAAAUUUUGAACCUGGUUCAAAGAAAGUUUCAACAGAGUAUCAUUUAAAUAAAUAUGAAAGAAAUAUUCAGAUAGCAAACUUACCAGCAUACUGUGCUACAACCUUUUUUGAAAUAAUCCAGUCAUCUCUACCAAUGGGUGUGUUUGUUAACAUUCAUCCUCAUGAUGAACAACAUACUGAAAUUCGUUAUAUACCAGAUUUUGAACUUCUUAUAUUGAAAAAGCAAUUAGAUGAAUUACUGAACCCAGAAGAAAAUAAAAAAUAAUUGUUGAUUUUGUUUA